AUGCAAGAAGUCAUGAUCGUUGACGACUCAGCCUCCGAAGCGAGUAGUGUCACUCUAGGGGACGAGCCUGAUGAUGAAUGGCUUCACUCGGAGUAUGAGCAAGAAAGCCUACCAACCUCACCGGACAUUCCCGACCAUCAACCCUCGGUUGAAGAAGAAGGACGCGAGGUGAUUGACCUCACAACCGGGGAGGGCUUCUGCGAUGGUGACUAUCUGACGGACGAAGCUUAUGAGAGGCUACUCCGGAACUGGAACAAACGUGAAGAGCGAAGCUCCGCAGCGCAGGUUCCUGUCCGUACGAGGCCGGAGAAGCGUCGUCUCCCCGAGGUCUGCAUGAAUGAGAUUGUGUACAGAGAAGGCCAAUCCGUUGAGCUUCAUGAUGGCACUUUUCUGAGAAUUGAAGUGAUUCUUGCCGAUCGCUCAGGCGACAUCUUCUUCUGCGGCAGACGUCUUCUCAAAACCACGAACCACAAAGGAACGUAUAUACCAAGGUGGAGGAAUGAGCUCGUCUGGAUUACAAAUGAGAUGGCCGACAUUCCAUUUGACCUGGUGAAAACUUUUGUCGGGAUUACGUUCACAAAUCACUGUCAUCUCAGUCAGGAUGACCGAAAGAAGGCAAGGCCUUUCGACCUAUUUUGUCGGCUGAAAGAGCAUAUCGGGGGCAAGAACCCUUCGUCAGUAGAGUAUCUCACUCCCGAAGAAGCUGACGAAGGUUUCAAAUACGAUCCCCAGAUGUUACGCUACGCCUGGCGUGGCCAGACAUCGCUUUUUGGGGCCUUUGAACAGACUGGGGUAGUGGAGAUUGAUGAUGACGAAACUGUCCUAGCACAGAACGAUGCAGUUCGUGCUAUGAAGCGACGUCGUCAGUAUACUUUUGGCGAUGCAUUCUGUGGUGCUGGUGGGGUCUCCUGUGGUGCUCGUGCGGCUGGUCUGCGGCCCAAAUGGGCCUGUGACAAAUCCCCGCACGCCGCUGAGACCUACCAAUUGAACUAUUCAAAUGCAGAUGUCUGGAACUUGGACAUCUUCGACUUCCUCGAAGCCAACAGUGAUCCCAAAGUGGACAUCAUCCAUGGGUCUCCGCCAUGCCAAACGUUCUCACCAGCGAAGACAAUCGAAUGUGCUACUGAUGAUGCCAACAGCGCCUGUGUCUUCUCUUGCUCGAAUUUGAUUCAGAAAGCAAAGCCCCGCGUGCUCACAAUGGAGGAGACGAGCGGAUUAAUCGAACGACAUUCAGAAACAAGCAAUCGAGUAGUGUUGGAUUUUAUCGAACUCGGAUAUGGCACGCGUUGGGGUAUACUCAAUUGCGUUAAUUAUGGUGUGCCACAGAUGAGACGGAGGUCGGUAAUUAUUGCGUCUGGACCAGGGGAAACGCUCCCUCCCUUCCCGAAGCCUACCCAUGGUCUCCCAGGCUCGGGACUUCCUCUGUUCAUUACCAUAGACCAGACGAUCUCGAGAAUCCCGCUUGAAGCGGCGAAUCAUAAUGUUGACCGCGCAUCGGCUGGAGGAAUUUGGCGCGCGCCGUUCGAUGCAGAUCAACAGGCCCGAACAAUUACCUGUGGUGGUGGGGAAAACAAUUACCACCCUUCUGGAGAGCGUGGCUAUACCAAUAGGGAAUAUGCAUGCUUGCAGACAUUCCCCGUUCGGUAUCAGUUUGGACAGAAGGAAGUCCGAAAGCAGAUCGGCAACGCGGUUCCUCCCAAGCUGGCCGAGGCGUUGUACAAGGAGAUCAUCAGGUCGCUUCAUCAGACGGACGAGAAAGAGCUCGGAAGACGCCGCGGGUGGAUUACAGAUGUCGGCAGAUAA